UUAUCGCUCACUCGGUGCCGCCAUUUUGAAUUCUCUCCCAUGAUGCUUUGCACCACUUCCUGUAAGAACUGGCGCCAAAACAGAAGAACUGAACACAACUUGAGAUGUUUUCCUAACUUAAAGAUGAAUCUAGCACCUGUAUAUUGAUAUGCCCACAAGUUUUCACGGCGUUUACAAGCGAAGGUGUAACGAACGUACAAAUAAAAAUACCUUCAACGUCAGUGGACUUCCGACUUAUCUAUACGGGUUGCUACAACUAUUAUGGUCCUUAGAAUACCUUUUACCGAGAAACGGCGAAUUGUACAUAGGUGGGAUCAAGUCUCAUAAAUACAAUGACAACAGGUGUCUGGUGGAUCCUGGAACAGGAAAUGUGCCUGGUUUAUACCCAUGCAAAGAGGCACUGAUGAAGAAUAUGAGCAUUUACUGGGAUUUUAAACAGGGUGGUCAACUGCACAACCGAAACACAAACAGAUGUGUGCAAAUAGAUCAUCAUGCUCUUGUUCUUCAAAACUGCUCAGGACAAUGAUGGGAAAUUAAAUAUAUUGUCAAACCCUUUUGAUGGUUUUCCUAUCUUAUUUCCAUUCCAAGUCAGUUUCUCUACCUGCACAAUGUUCAUGUAAAACUCAGUUGUAAUUCUGUAAAUCCCUA